GCCGCGGGGCCGCGCGCGAGCGGCCUCGCGGCCGGCGCGGGGCUCGCCGUGGGCGCGGCGUCGCUGCGGCGGGCCGCCCGACGCGGGCGGGCGGCGCGCCGCCAGGCGCCUGCGUCCGCGGUGGCCGCGCCCGUGCAGGCGAGGGAGAACAGGAAGGACAUCUCGACCAUCUGGAACGCGGACGAUAUUGACCUCUCAACAUUGCAGAAGCCCGCGGACACAUGCCCGCUGCUCUGGGACGCGAACGAGGUGAGGAGUGACCUCGAGGGAAAGAGCGAGAGGGAGUAUUUCGCCGAGCAGAAGGACAAGAUCUUGGAGCAGCUCCAGAAACACGGCGCCAUCUGGUUCCGCAACUUCGAGACGACGAAGGACGCCGCGGGUUUCCGCGACUUUUUUGAGCAGUUGGAGCUGAACCCGUGCCUGGACCCGAUCCACACCUCGGGCCUGAGGGCGAUGAAGGAGAAGAAGGACGCAGUCUACGAGGCCGUCAACAAGCCCGCGCUAGCGGGACACAUCGUCGGCCUGCACAACGAGUCCACCACGGUCAAGACCGCCAAGUUCGGCUGCUUCGGCUGCUUCCAGCCCGCCACGGAGGGCGGCGGCGAGUUCAUGCUCGCGGACGGCGCGGCCAUCAUCGCGGACAUCGACAAGGACGUCCUCGAGAGGCUCUACAAGAACAAGGUCAGAAUCUCGGUCAGCAACCUGGACUUCAACUUCCUGGGCGGGCUGCCGGAGGGCAUCAGGGAGAGCCUGCAGGAGGGCCUCCGGGGUCUCAUCUUCGACGUCGUGGAGCCGAAGUUCCAGAUGGACCUCGAGAUGCUGUACGGCGUGGACGGCACCAACCCGUACCGCAUGUCUGCCGUGGAGCACGCUCAGUCUCCGAUCAACAGGCAUCCAGUGACGGGCCAGCCGGUCUGGUUCUGCAACCUGCACAACCACAGCCGGUACCUCCGCGACCGCCGCCCUUGCACGGUGCCGGAGGUCGGCAUGACCGACGUCUUCUUCGGAGACCUCAGCAGGAUCCCCCCCGAGGAUUGCGACCACAUCAACGAGGUGUGCGAGCGCAACAUCCACCUGCUGGAGAUGAAGAAGGGAGACAUGGUGCUCAUCGACAACUACCGCGUCCUGCACGGGCGCAAGACCUUCAAGGGCGACAGGAACCACGUGGUCACUUGGUUCGAGUCCCAGGGGGCCGAGAACAGGACGGAGCCUGAGGACGGAAAGCCGGACAACUUCAUGAACGAGCUGAUCAACAAGACCUUGGUGGACCAGGUGGACUUCAAGAAGUACCAGGCGUGA